AAACUGGCAUGUGAAUGCCAACAUUUCUUAGCAAUUAACAUUGGAAGUGCAAAAUGACUGCCUACUGACAAUUGCCUGCUUCUUUCAAGAACUCAGCUCUAGUCCUCCAAUAUUUAAUGCCAUAGUUUCUACAAAAAUCCCAGUUAUCUUUGCUUUGCUGUCUCUCUGUCCUAAUAAUUUCUUCACCUAACCAACUCUAAUUCAAAGAAACCUAAAUCAAUAAUAACAAAAAGAAUUACAAAUAUUAAAACAGCGUCCUUUGUUAUUCAGGUCAAGCAGAAAUGACAAGCAAAGUUCUUUUUCCUAUUCUACUUCCAAUUCUGCUUCUCUCUCUGUCAUAUUUUGUGGUAGCAAAAUCUGUGUUUGAACCAUGUAAUGCAUCUGAUUCAUGUCCCUCUUAUCUCUUGUAUCGCCUUCCACUGGACUCCAAGAUUUCUGAAAUAGCAUUCAGGUUUAAAGUCAAUGUCUCUGAUCUUUUAGCAGCCAAUUUUAUUGAUUCAAAUCAAGUAAACCAAAUCCUACCUGAAAAAUCAUUUGUGAAAAUACCCAUUUUGUGUUCAUGUGUCAAUGGCAUACGACGAUUUUCGUCUACUCAUUACACGAUUGGAGUAGCUGAUACAUUGAUGUCAAUAUCAGAACUGUAUGGAGGACUUGUUAGUGCAGAACAAAUUGGGAUUGCUAAUGGAGUUGAUGCACAACAUCCUUUAGCCAGUGGACAGAGUCUUGUGAUUCCUUUGCCAUGUACAUGUUUCAAUAAUAGUAAUAAUGGUGUAGCCAGUGUGUACAUGUCAUAUGUGGUACAGAGUGGAGAUGACUUAACAAGAAUUGCAGCAGAAUAUGGUGUCACAACUGGUAAUUUGGAGAUCAUAAAUGGACUUGGUCAACCUCAAAUUGAUCCUGGAGAUAUUCUGGCUAUUCCUCUUGCUGCAUGUUCAUCAGUAAAUCUGAAUUGGUACAACGAAAGUCUAAUAAUUCCAAAUGGUUCUUAUGCUUUAACUGCGAACAACUGCAUCAAAUGUGGCUGCAGACCUACUGAUCUCAGCAUGGAGUGUUCAGCUUCAGGAAUUGUGGAUAAAUGUUCACAUUUACAGUGCAAAGACUCCAAUCUCUUUAUUGGAGAAAGGCACGAAAAGCACACAACAUUUGGUAAUUGCAAUGUUACAGCCUGCAUUUAUCGUGGACAUCUUGGAGGCAAAACUUUUAGAAGUUUGGUGAAUUCAACUGAUGCCAAGUGUUUAGGUAACCAGAGUCAACGUACAGGGUUAUCGAUGGUGUCUCCAGCAGCUGAUUAUAUAUCUCCUUAUUUGGGAUUAUCUCCAUCCCCAUAUUUAGCCAAAAGCCAUACAUUAGGACUCAAUUCUAGUCCUGCUCAUAGACAUAGUAAAAAAUCAUUAUCUCAAGUGUUACACUUUAGUUUAUUGGUUUUGGAGCUUAUCCUUGAAAUAUUCUUGUAAAUUUUUGUUUUUGGCUAUUACAUAUAAAGGGGGCGGAGGAUGGGGAGUUGGAGAAACGACGAUGUAACGAGAAUUGAACAUACACUGUGUGAAAGGCUAACGAAUGUAGGGAUCUUGAUACGUUGCAAUCGAUUCCCACCGGCCUUUUCUUGUUCCUUGUAUUUUCUUUGGUUAAACCAUAUCAUGUAGUCAUUAAUCAAACUGAUGGGAAUGGCUGAGAGGAGAAUUUUAUUGAGGUC